AUGGGGGGACGUCUGGAGGUGGGAACUGGUCACACCAAGGCAGAUCUACAAGGGUCAAUUACAGAAGUCGAAGUUGUCUCGAACUCCGUUUUCGUUUUUACUUUCGUUCGGUCGCGGAGAUUGCCCCAGAUCGGGGCUAAGCGGCUCCGGUGACCGACGUGAAGUCGGGUUGUUUGCUGGGGUCGCGGCAGGUCAUUUCUAACGUUGCUCUUUGCAGAAUGCGUUUGCUUUUAAUAGUAGCCCUGUUCUGUGGGUCCGCAGAUGCCCAGGUGGUUAAUGUGACCAUCUUCACCGAAUCCCAAUGUCCAUUUUGCACCAGACUUCUCCGAGAGCAGAUUUGGCCAUUCCAUGCGACUCGGCCAGGAAUUAUGAAUCUCCAAGUGAGUGAUUAAACACUACUACUUUACCUUCCAGAUUAUUCCAUUUGGAAAAGGUAACUGUGAAUAUACUUAUGACAGACAACUGUCUUGUGCUUGUAUGCAUGGACCCACAGAAUGUGAUCUAAACAGGCUACAGAACUGUGCGAUCUCUGUAAGUCACUACCAUGACACAUUGAACUGAUCUUUUUAGUACUUCCCUCGUCGUCAUCUGGGUUUGGUUACUUGCAUCCAAGGUCUGGCUAAUCUGGAGGAGGCCUUCACUCGAUGUUUGAGUCGGCUGAGUCCUAAAAGUCAACAAAGGUUGAUGGAUUGUGCUCGAACACAGACCGGGGAAGUACUUAAUUAUUACUCCAUGGUAAACACCCAUCGAGCAGGUGUUCGUAUCUGGCCCACUGCUUAUGUAAAUGGCCGUUUCUUCGAUCGGAGUUACCCCAUGGAAACAGAAAUUUGCCGGCACACGGACUAUUGUUAA